AUGAACACCGACAGCUACAGGGUCAAGAUAACAUCAGGUGUUCUCGUAACCUGCGACUCUGCCGCUAAACAAAUCCUCCUCCAUCUCGACUCUCUCCGCGAUGGCAACAACAAAUUUGUGGCUCUUGACUGGGGAGACGACAACAAGCUGUUGAUCAAGAAGGACUACGUGGAACAUGUCAAAGAGGCUCUCCAGGACGAGCUGGAGAAAAACACCUAUGUGCAAGAUCCCAACGUAUGA